ACGUCUGGCCUCAAGGAGCAGGAAGCAGAAGAAGCGAGCUAAAGCUGAGAGGCGGAGUCUGACGCUGAACUUAGAGAAGACAUGGCUGCUCAGUCGAUGCUCGUCUCCGGCAGGGCCGCCGGCCAAGUUCUCGACUUGAAAAGGGAGCCAUUGGUCCAAUUCCGCACCCACCUCCGCCGGGUGGCCCUCCGUCCUCCUAAGUUCUCGGAGUUGAUCAACCUUCCUAGUGGCUUGCUCCCUCCUAGCUCUUCCGCGGCCGCCUCAAGAUGCUCCCCUCUCGCCAUCUUCAAAUCCAAGGCCAAGGCUGCACCUGUCAAGAAGGUGGAGAAGGAGAAGACCAAAGUGGAAGAUGGUAUCUUCGGCACAUCCGGGGGAAUCGGCUUCACCAAGGAAAACGAGCUCUUCGUUGGUCGUGUUGCUAUGAUUGGUUUCGCGGCUUCUAUACUGGGAGAAGGACUGACAGGCAAAGGAAUACUGGCUCAAUUCAACUUAGAAACUGGAAUUCCAAUCUAUGAAGCAGAGCCUCUGCUCCUCUUCUUCAUCCUUUUCACCCUCUUGGGAGCAAUCGGUGCGCUGGGUGACAGGGGCCGCUUCGUCGACGACCCUCCUACCGGCCUCGAGGGCGCAGUAAUCCGACCAGGCAAGGGCAUCAGAGGAGCUCUCGGACUUAAUGAGGGAGGUCCUCUGUUUGGAUUCACCAAGGCAAACGAGCUCUUUGUUGGGAGAAUGGCUCAGCUUGGGAUCGCUUUCUCCAUCAUCGGAGAGAUUGUUACAGGAAAGGGGGCUCUCGCUCAGUUGAACAUCGAGACAGGCGUGCCCAUUAAUGAGCUUGAGCCGCUGGUUAUCUUCAACGUGAUUUUCUUCUUCAUUGCAGCAUUGAAUCCUGGAACCGGCAAAUUUCUCACCGACGAGGAAGAAGACUGAAAAUGUUUUGUCACAGGUGAUGGUCGAAAGUGCCUGUUUUAAAUGGUCACACUUGCUUCUUGUGUACAAAUUUUGAAUUGGGGAAGAGAGUGGGGAAAGUGACUGGAUGAUAGGUGGAGAGGGAGUUAUUCUUGCUGUAAAAACCAUGGAGGCAUCUGAUGCCAUUGAUCUAUGAACUCGCAAAAGAAAUCUGCUACUUUGUUCAAAAUGGUCACAUGCAAUAGAUCAAGAAACCUGUUUGCAUCCCA